AUGGGAUUUGGAAGCUUGCUCGAUUUGACGAUAACAGCAACCCCGGUGAAAAUGGGAUAUUGGCUGGUUGAUAACUUCAACCAUAUGGACCGGAAGUUGCAAUUGUAUAAUGGUGGAAAAAUUCAUGUGAAAGAAGAUGAUGCGUAUAGUGUGAUGGGGCUGCCCCGUGGGACUAUUGAGGUCACGAAUCGGAAGAAAAAAACUGAGUCGGGAGCAUUGAAAGAAUGGGCCGAUGUGUACAGUGUCAGCAUUGCCACCAAAAUAACGGCUACAAGGGUGUUGGACAUGAUUCAGAACUGUGAUAGAAGUGACGACUGGUUCAAACGUCAUUUUUUGGUUCUCAUGAUCACGUGUUUGUUCGAGAGCUCUCAGAACGAAGUGGCGAAUUUACGCACGGUCCACUUGCUCGAUGAUUUGUCGAAUGUGAGCAAUAUGAACUGGUGUGCGUACAUGAUUCGGUGUCUGGUGGGUGCUAAAAAAUCAUCGACUGCUAGUCAGAAGCGCAAGAAUUUUACUGGACCUUUGCUAUUUUUGACGCUGUUUUAUGUCGAUAAGGUUGUGUUAUCGAUUAGAACCGUACCGAGAUCACUACCGAUUUUUAAAUCAUGGAAUAACGGCUUGCUGAAAGCGAGAGAGCGAGAUGAGAUUGCGGCUGGAGCAUUUGGGAGAAGAUAUGUUGAUGACGACAUACAUGAGUCGGAUGUUCAUCACCACGCCGACAUACGUAGUGGUAGCCCCAUCGGGAAUGACGUGAACCGUGCGUCUGAAGUAAGCGUGCAGGAUUUUGUGCACGAAUUUGCAUCAAAAGCCCGUAUUCUUGCCACUACGGGUGUUGCAAUUUUACAGCUGGUCGAGAGGGCGCCUAAAGAUUUAUUAGGCGAUGAGAAUUUUAUGAAGAUGCGGGGUGCCACACAGAAGCUACUUGGGGUGACUAAUGAAGACAUAAAAGGAAUGUCUCGUCAACAAACCCCCAGCUGCAUUGACGAAACUAACGUUCCCGGACCAACACAGAUAGUGGAUGAUGCAUUCUGGAACGACCCCAAGAAUCUGACUGCGUUAGAUGCUAUUAUCGAUGCUGUUGCGCAUCGAGACCGUUUUAAACGGAUUCAUCAUGAAGGCCCCAGUUUUAGCUUGGGCUUGGGACUUACGCCGGAUGAUGAUGAUGCUGAUGCAGGACGUUUUGAUAAUGUCAAUGAAUUCACUACUGACGGUCCUUCCAAUGUAGACGUGCCAUCAGGCGUCGGAGGUGAUGCAAUUGUUGAUGGUCAUGUCGUUGAUGUUGGUAGACCAAAAAGGAGCCCCAAGUUUUCCAGCAUGGUUAGAUCACCUUUCCACCAAAGGUAUAUUGGCGUGGUCAAGAAUCUCGACAGCCAGGAAAAGACGGUCGUUAACUGGGUUUUGCAAAAAGAUAACGACGAUGUGAUUAUAUAUCAGACCUUGUCCCUCGAUUAUGUUGUGAAGAGAGAUGUGGUGGCAUGUUUGGCCCCAAACACGCCAAUCCUUGAGGCGCUUAUUGAUCUGUGGGCUCGUAUAAUGAACAACAAUGAGAAGCUCGGGAUUCGUGGCUCAGUAGCGUGUUUCUUUUGCAACCACUCGUCCGUGUAA